AUGGCGGAACGCAUAAGAAAUCCAGAUUGGGAAGAAGAUGCUGAGUUAAAACAAGAUUUGAACCGAUACGUACUUCAGAAUUUGUCUAGACGGGAGAUAUUAGAUUUUGUUUCCAGGGAUUAUGCUCAGUAUGCAUGGAGUUUAGGUACUCUGAGCAGGAGAUUAGCAUUCUUUAAUAUUAAGUACGUUGAGUACAAUACCGACUUGAAUGAUGUCGUGACGGCAGUACAGAAAGAACUCGAAGGGCCAGGUCAGUAUCUUGGUUAUCGUUCGAUACAUCGCAAGAUACGGGAACAGCACAAUCUGGCAGUACCUCGUAAUUUGGUGUACGAUUUAAUGACCGAAUUUGAUCCAGAAGGCCUUGAACGAAGAGGGAAUGUAGGGGUAAAAAAGCACAAAAGAGGAAAUGCUGGUACUUUCACAUCCAUGGGACCAAACCACACUCAUUCUGGAGAUGGCCAUGAUAAAUUACUGGGAUACAUGAAUUACACAUUCCCUUUGGCUGUAUAUGGCCUCCAAGAUGCUUAUAGUGUCAUAAGUGAUAAUCUAAGACUUGACAAAGGAACAGAGACCGGGCAUAUGGCCACAAUUCAUUCCUACCUAAGGCAACAAGGAGAUGAAGAUAUUAAUGGAGCAGAGACUGUUCAUUAUGGUCCAUCCACAAGUAAUAAAAUUGAGAGAUGGUGGCGUGAACUCCAUAACCGCUUUGAACGGUUCUUUAAGAGACAGCUAAUGAUGUUGCUGGAGAGAGGACAUUAUGAUCCAAACAAUGAAACUGAUAGAAACUUGUUGGCAUUUGUAUAUAUACCUGUGGUUCAGAAGGAAAUGGAUAUAUUUAGGGAAACGGUAUGGAAUUCACAUAGAGUGAGAUACCAAAGACAUACCCAGUUACCCAAAGGAAUACCUAACCAUUUAUAUUCAUUUCCACAACAGUAUGGAGCAGAGGACUGUGGUUUGCCAGUAACACAUCAAGCACUUGAUGAAGUGGCAGAAAUUUCAGGAGUGAUGGAUGUGGGGGAUGAUUUUUUGUCGCAUAGUGUAAGGAGAGAAUGUGAAAGAGUCAUACCCAACAUUGAGAAUGUGAAAGCUAUUGAUGCUGCUGAUACAUAUCUAUUCCUGAAGGCUAAUUACCAACAGCCACCACCACAAUAA